AUGCUGCCUCCGUCAAGCCCAAGUAAAAGCACAUCCUCCCCGGCUCAUCAGCCACGAGUGGCAAUACGGGCCGAGGAAUCAAAAGCAAAAGUCGACGAAUGCCCCGAUGAAAAGAAUGGGGGAGCGAGUGCAAGCCAUGCUUCAGCGUUGUUGAGCUCCGGUGAUGAGACAGACGGUGUAGCUGCGCAAUCCGAAUCUCACACCGAUUUCAUUGUGUGGUGGGAUGAGCCAGAAGACCAAGAUCCAGAAAACCCUCUAAACUGGUCACCAUGGGUGAAAUGGACCAACAUUUUGACUAUUUCUGUCAUUAGUUUCCUGGUGCCGCUUGUGUCGUCAAUGGUGGCACCGGCUGUCCAGGUAAUUAUGAAAGAUUUUGAUACAACCUCUACAUUAUUUGCGACUUUUGUAGUAUCAAUAUUUGUCUUGGGCUUUGCUUGUGGACCGUUGAUACUUGCCCCAUUAAGCGAGCUCUAUGGGCGUGUGGUCAUCUACAACAUUACCAACUUCUUGUUUCUAGGCUUCACUAUUCUGUGUGCUAUCUCGCAGAACGAAGCUAUGCUCUUAGUCUUCCGCUUUCUAUCAGGGUUCGCAGGCGUAGCCACAAUUGCGAUUGGCUCAGGAACUAUCGUGGAUCUUAUGCCGCGUGAGAAGAGAGGUAGGGCUGUGUCAAUCUGGUCCGUGGGCACAAUCCUCGGUCCAAUGGUUGGCCCCAUCAUUGGGGGUUAUGUGACUGAAGUCGCUGGCUGGAGGUGGAUGUUCUGGGUCAUCUCAAUUGCCAUUGGUGUUGUGGCCAUCAUCGCGUUCUUUGUCCUGAAGGAAACAUACCCUCCUGUAUUGCUGGAAAGAAAAGCAAUUAAGCUCAGGAGAGAAACCAAGAAUCCCGACUAUCGAUCUAAACUCGCCUCCCAAACUACUGCUAGGGAUCACAUUACACGAAGCAUAAUGCGGCCUUCCAAAAUGCUAAUCUGCCGUCCGAUUGUCACUAUCAUGUGUACAUACGUUGCGGUCCUAUAUGGCGUCCUCUAUCUGCUCUUUGCGACAUACUCGUUCGUCUUCAAAGAUGUCUACCAAUUUUCAACAUUUUCCACUGGUCUCGUUUUCAUUGCUGGCGGCAUCGGUACCUUGGCGGGUGUUUUCUAUGUUGGUCAUUUCAGCGACAGAACCCUCAAGAGACGCGCUGCCGCCGGAAAGACGGUCACGCCAGAGGACCGCCUCUCCCUCAUCAUCACAUUACCCGGAUCCCUCGCAUUUCCCGCUGGUUUAUUCAUGUAUGGCUGGAGCGUGGAGGCACGAGUUCACUGGAUUGUUCCGCAGAUUGGAACGGCCAUUACAGGGUUCGGGUCUAUCUUGAUCUUCAUAAGCAUCCAGACUUACUUGAUUGAUGCAUUCGAAGGAUAUGCAGCCAGUGUCAUUGGUGCCAACGCAGUGCUGAGAGGUACUGCUGGCGCGCUGAUUCCGCUGAGCGGGCUAAAACUAUAUGAUGCUUUGGGGUGGGGCUGGGGGAACAGUCUACUGGGUUUUGUUGCUCUGGCAUUCGUGCCUAUACCUUGGAUCUUUGGAAAGUACGGUGCUAGGAUCCGCAAUUUUAAAGGCUUCGAGCUCCAAGUUUAA